CCAGUCCCACCCUUCGCGUCCGGCGGCCGUGUCGCCGUGGACGUAUAUUUUCUCUGUGGUGCGGUGGUGGUGGUUGCGAAUUGUAUGGCGUGUGUUGACAUCAUCAUGGGAUGGUGGAAUGUGACAUAGAGGGCAGAUGUCCCCCCUUCUGCAUUUGUGUUUGUGGAAACCCUAAAUCAGACAAAAUAGGUAAUCCAGGCUGUAAAGACAACAGGCAGCAAGAAGCCCGUCCAGGCUUCCUAGCCUACCUUUGCCUGGACUGCAGGCCCUAUGACAUGGGUUGUUUUGGAAGCGCUGCAUCAAAACAAGAUGCAGAUGAAUCCAAAAAGCAAAAGGAAAAGAAUAAGAAGAUAAACCAGCAAAUCCAGAAGGACAAACAGGUGUAUCGAGCCACACACCGUUUGUUGUUGUUAGGUGCUGGCGAAUCGGGGAAAAGCACUAUCGUCAAACAGAUGAGGAUACUUCACGUCAAUGGCUUCAGUGCAGAAGAGAAAAAGAAAAAGAUCGCAGAUAUCAAGAAAAAUGUACGAGACGCCAUAUUGACCAUCACCGGAGCGAUGAGCACGCUGUCGCCGCCGAUCCCACUGGAGAAGACGGAGAACGAGGCGCGCGUCAACUAUGUGCAAGACGUGGCGUCCCAACCCUACUUCGACUACCCGCCGGAGUUUUACGACCAUGUCGAGGCGCUGUGGCAGGACAAGGGCGUCCAGGCCUGCUACGAGCGCGCCAAUGAGUACCAACUCAUCGACUGCGCCAAAUACUUCCUGGACAAAACCAGCACUAUCCGACAGGACGACUACUCCCCGACAGAACAGGAUAUUCUGCGGUGUCGAGUUCUGACGUCGGGCAUCUUCGAGACAAAGUUCCAGGUCGACAAAGUCAACUUUCACAUGUUCGACGUGGGCGGUCAGCGCGACGAGCGGCGAAAAUGGAUCCAGUGCUUCAACGACGUGACGGCCAUCAUCUUCGUGACGGCGUGCAGCAGCUACAACAUGGUGCUGCGUGAAGACCCCAGCCAGAACCGGCUCAAGGAGUCGCUCGACCUCUUCAAGAGCAUAUGGAACAACAGGUGGUUGCGGACCAUCUCUGUCAUCCUCUUCCUGAACAAGCAGGACCUACUCGAGGAGAAAAUCCGCGCCGGAAAGUCGAAGCUGGAGGACUACUUUUCCGACUUUGCGCGCUACACCACGCCCCUGGACGCACACGUCGAAGUGGACGAUGAAGCCAAUGUGGUCAGGGCCAAAUACUUCAUCCGCGAUGAGUUCCUGAUGAUUGCUGAAGGGAAAACUGAGUCCGACAGGGAGGAGCUCAGGAAGAAAAGGGACACAAAAACACGUAUCAGCACCGCCAGUGGCGACGGCAAGCACUACUGCUACCCGCACUUCACGUGUGCCGUCGACACAGAGAACAUCCGACGUGUGUUUAACGACUGCAGGGACAUUAUACAGCGAAUGCACCUGAGGCAGUAUGAACUGUUGUGACCUGGGCCUGUCAUGAGAGCUGGUCCGCCGGCCGGCCUGCCGGCGGCCGGCCAGCCCGCGCGCUGCCGCCGCCGCCGCUACCGAGUCCCGGUCGUCAAUCAAAACGGUGGACGGCCGGUCUGCGUGCGCGCGCGCGUGUGUGUGCGUGAGUCCGCGCGCGGCGGGCGCGCUCGGCGCGGCUGAUCGCGCCGCACGAGCGUACGGCAACGAAGCUGCCGGCACAUCCGCUCUUAGUAGACACGUGGAAUUCCAGUCAAGAUUAGUGAGUAAACAUUGUCAAUGCUCUCGUUGAUGUUUUGUAAAAUCUUUAUCGCGCGUGCGCUGCUGCCGGCGCGCCGAUGGUCGGGCCGUCUGUGGAACGGUCCUGGAGCGAGGCCGUGCUGCCGGCCCGUCGGCCGUGGCCCCGGCCGGCGCCGCGCCCCGACACGCUGCUUCCGUGGCGGGGCGCCCGCCGCGCCCGCGCCCACCGCCGCCGGGCCGCCGCGCCCGGCCGCUCCGGGCGGUCACACACGGCUUUCUGCUGCCCCUUGCCCGCCCCCGCCCCCUAUGUUGUAUAACCGUGGGUGAUUUCUGUGUAACACACACAUGAAGAGAGAUGUUGUUCUUUCUGUAGUGGGUGGGUGGUUGUGCAUUUGUUAUUGAAUGUAAUGAGUGUGCCAAUACUGUGUCAUGAGAAUGAUGUGCAAAAUCCGCCACGUCAUCCAUUGUUCUGAUUUGCGUUCGGUUCGGUCACUGUCUUAACGCUCUACAUACACUGUAUUUUAUUUUUAAUUUCGCCCUUGUCGCCAUUGCCAUCUUUUGCACGACUUAUUUAUUUCUGUACGAGGUGCGGACGGCGUACUAACAACUCUAGCCUCAUACUGUUUUACUUUGUCGCGCGCGCGCGUGCGCAGCUAGGCAGAAUGUCAGCUGCGGUUCGGGGCGCGGGAGGGUGCGGGCAGGCGAGCUGGGGCGCGCCCGUGCGACGGCUCGCCCCAGUGUGUGUGUGAGAGAGAGUUUUCUACAUAUUUGUGCACACAGGAAUCGAACAAAAUUGCAGCGCCAAAUUGUGCUUCUAACGCGAGAGCAGCGUUCAUUCCUUUCGAUUUUAGUAAAUAUAUGCUAGUCAUUGAUGUGGCGGUUACCGGACGGCGAGUGGCACUGCUUCUUAGUUCGCACAGGGCGGUCGGGCGCGCGUCGCCUCCGCCGCUGCCGCCGCCGCCAUCGCCGCUGCCGCCACCACCACCACCGCCGUCACCACCGCCGCCGCCGCCGCCGCCGCCGCCGCUGCCGCCGAGCCGACUUGGUCGUACACACGACUGGUGCGGGCGCGGACUGGAUGUUGUCUACCUAUUCUGAUAUCGGUAGCCGUUGUCUACCUAUUCUGAUAUCGGUAGCCGUACUCACGCUGUGGGUUCUGUUCACGAAGCUAUGUGAAUGUGAGGACAUUUACAAACCUAUUUACAAC